AUGGACUUAGUCAAUCACUUAACUGACCGUUUGCUAUUUGCUGUCCCAAAAAAGGGAAGAUUGUAUGAAAAGUGUUGCCAGCUUCUAGGUGGUGCUGAUAUUCAAUUUAGAAGAUCACCAAGAUUGGACAUUGCACUUUCGACAAAUUUGCCUAUCGCGUUAAUUUUCCUCCCAGCAGCUGACAUUCCAGUAUUUGUUGGCGAAGGUAAUUGUGAUUUGGGUAUUACUGGAAUGGAUCAAGUUAUGGAGUCAGACCAAUUUGAAAAUAUCGAAGAUUUAUUGGAUUUGAAAUUUGGCACAUGUAAGCUUCAAGUUCAAGUACCAGAGAAGGGAGAAUACAAUAACCCAGGGGAUCUCAUUGGUAAAAAGAUAGUUUCUAGCUUUACUAAAUUAGCUACUGAUUAUUUCGAGGAUUUGAAAGCAAGUGCUAAAAGUGAUGCAACUAUAAAUGUGAGGUAUGUUGGCGGAUCAGUCGAAGCAUCUUGUGCCUUGGGUGUAGCCGAUGCAAUUGUUGAUUUAGUUGAGAGUGGAGAAACUAUGAAAGCAGCUGGAUUGAAAGCCAUUGGAACGAUAUUAACCACAUCAGCCCACUUAUUUUCAUCAAAAAAACCAAGAUAUCCUGAACUUGUAAAUACUAUUAAGGAGAGAUUGGAAGGUGUUUUGGCAGCCCAAGAGUUUGUGUUGUGCAAUUACAAUGCCCCAAAAUCAAUCAUGGCUGAUUGUUUGAAAAUCACCCCAGGUAAAAGAGCCGCCACUGUGUCCACGUUGGAUAAACAUUCACCAGAGGAAGAGGACUGGGUUGCUAUAUCGUCUAUGGUUUCGAAGAAAAAGAUUGGAAACGUUAUGGAUGACUUGAAAAAAGCCGGUGCUAGUGAUAUAUUAGUCUUGGAUAUCUCAAAUUGUAGAGUAUAG